AUGCAAGCAGUAAGGAUUAUCAAGUAUCAACGCCGUGCCUCUGAUCCAUCGCAUGUCUGGUCAGGCCAUCGGCAGGAGAAUAACUAUACACCAGACAACUCCGACCAGACGCCAUGUCUUAUCCGCCAGGUCUCAAAGCGAGCUAAUCUGUCCGUCUAUCACGUCGCGGCAAAGCCCGCACCCGCAAUGAAUUGUAAUCCGUGCUCAACAUCAGCAAUCCAACCAAUGAUGUGGACUGCGUAUCCCGCCACGAAAAAUUCCAGUUAA